CCACCCCUGGUCCUGGGCCUCCUCUAGCUUAACUCGGCCUUAAAUUAGUGUGGUGGUGGUGUUGGUCACCCGAUGCCUCGUGUGCCCAUGCUAGCGUUAAUAACAGGUGCUCGCUAACCGUAACAUCCCCUCACGGCUUAUUGGAAGGCUUUUCGGGGGGUCUUUGUCUUUGUCACUCCAUUUUUUAAAAUGCACAGCCACCAUUGUCAGUAAAGCCACAACAUCUGGCGCUGUGACCUCCUGCCAGCGAAGCCUUUGACACUUCACGUGACGGCCUCAAAGCGCACGGGGCCUGUGACAGGCGCCGUGGUGAUAUCGCCAUCGCUUCAUGGCAAACGUCGGCUGUUGUCGUCGUGUGUUUGAGCGGUGGAGCUGUGCAAUGUUAUACACAGCCCACUGUCAAUCCACUGCUGGAUGAGAGCCAUCCCCUCGCUGUCAGUCAUGGGGGUUGUUUGACCAUACUUCACUGUACUGGUCAGUACGGGUUGGUGAAGCCGCUCUGGGAAUGGCGGGGUGGGGGCCGCAGAACUGGUUCAGAUAUCAAUUCUAGAUUUGAAGCUUUCGUGACUGCAAGGAUCCAUACGCUUUGGUUCUAUUCGGUAAAGUCACGUGACUCUACCGAAUAGAACCAAAGAGUAUGGUUCAGAUACCACCGAUGUUCGCCGUGGCACGGUAUCGACCUCGGAUCGUCACGUCCGUGGCGCAGUACCCUAACAGCUGUGCCACCACUCCACCGUGUAUAUAUUUAGAAGUUGAUAUUCAUACGUCAUGUCACCACGGAUAAAGCUCGCAGUGUUCACCUCAACUGGUGCGGAAUUAAUUCCCGAAAAAUUUCGCUCGCACUUGCUCGAUUGUCCUUUCUCAGGCGCCGUACAUUCCUGUCUCCAUGGUAACGGUCCACGGCCAGCAUUUUAAUACGGACGGGACGGACAAGCGGGCGUCCCGUCACGUCGUGCGGCAGUCAGGGCAAGGUUCGCUCGCCCGAUUUGACAUUCGUGCGAUGAUAAAUAGUUAUUUUUUUCGGACGCUCCACCCGAGUUUAGCCGUGACGCGGCGUUCGCGGGGCUAGAUCUAUCCCCGGGGCAGGAGGGGGGGUGGUGAAGAGCGGCUGGCUACCCCACUUGGUCAGAGCCGUGUGACAAAUAGCCGGGCGUGCGGCAUUGUGAUGAUAAUGAGGUCGUGACCCUUGACCCCCGCUUGUGCCACCAGUCUGGCCCCUUCGGCAAAGUAGAUAUUGGUUCCUCCCGCGGCACGUUCCAUUUCGCCGUGGCGAGGGGGGGGAGGUGCUGCAACCGCGUUCAGUACGUUACUGAUUAAAUAAAAAGCGAAGCACUUUGCUGGGAUUUUCUGCUGCGUCUCCGAGCAUGAUGUCACACGCAUAGAUGUAGGCACCGCGGUUGAGUAUUGCUUUCAAUAAUUAAAUUGGCUCUUAAAAGUCCGAGGAAGGAUUACACGUAUAAACCCUUGAGUUGGUACAGCCCGCUAAGUCCCCUCUUAACUAUAGCUUGAGUCUGUGCCAUGUGUUCAGUGCAGUCACAGACAAUGCUCCGGUUUUACAGUGACGACAAUUGACAAGGCCAGCCCGGUUCAACAAAUGCUGCUGUGGCGUGAUAGUCACGUUUUUUUUUCAAACUCAUUGCAUUGACUGCGAUCUUUUUGAAGCUGAUGGGUGACGGCUUCACAGUGAAAUGGUAAGAAAAUAAAAAAACAUUUGACAUUUGUGGGGUUCUUCGGGGUGGUGCUCUGCAGCUCUCCGAUGUCCGACGAACCGCUCCACCCGUUGGAGGCUUCUUCAGGAGCCGAAGAAGUAUUUCCUGAAGAAGCUCUCUCUCGGCGCGUGGAGCGGAACGUCGUACACCGUGCCGAACAACUCGCGGCACAUCGCGAAAAAAAACGUUCGAGAGCCGUGGUUUUUUUUGUUGCAUUUCUUCAAAUUGUUUUUAAAAGAAAUUCUCUCGUGUGCCAUCUCAUGCGAGGCAGCGUUGAUAUCAUUCCACUGCCGGAUACCAUCAAAGUGAAAGUAGGUUGCUCGUGUUCGCGUCGCGAGACUCCUUCCUCUUUUUCCUUUCCUUGACAUUUUCGUUUUAAAAGUUUACGCUGCCGUCUGUCGGAGGAGGAGGAGGCAAGCCAGGUGUUUUUGUGCGAGCAGCUCUGGCCGUGCGGCGUUGGUGGGCAAGUGCGCGCGCAUUCGCUUGAGACUCGAAAUACAGUCGAUAAUUAUUUUCGGUCGUUGUCUCCUUGAAAACAUUUGCGUGAUUUGUUCGUGUGUCCCCGUUUCUCUUGCGCUGCGGGCGACGCGUCGUGAAUCUCCCGUGGGAGCAGUGCAGCCCUUCGAGAACGGCGGCCCACGGAAGUGGAUAUCGUUGAGCUACCUCUCGGGCCCUUUCAAGUGACCUCACACGCUGGCGCCGUGAGCCGCAGCGCGCCGUCUCGCCAUGGAGGCCGGCACGGCCGCCGUGUCCCUCCCCUUCAGUCGCGAAGACUCCGCCUGCCGGGUGAGGCGGGCUCCGAGCCGGCCGGCGGAGGAUAUGGCGAGCGAGCUGCACCCGUUGUGGAAGAUUCCGUCGCGGGAGCGGCUGAGCUGCGACGGUCUCGACACCGUGGGCACGUCCGCCAAAACUGACGACGGAUCGGACACGGUGGGAGAGGGCCUCGCCAGGUCCUGUGCCAGCAACGCCAGCAUGAGAGUGACAAACCUCAAAAAGAUCUCCGUCACCAAGGGCCACUUCCCCCGCCUGGCCGACUGCGCCCACUUUCACUACGACAACGUGGACUUCGACAGCAUCCAGCUGUGCCUAGCUGAGGACCACUCCGACUUUGGCAAGAAUGGGACGGAGCCGAGGGUUGAGCCCAGCUUCCUUGUGCAGAUUCACUGCCAGGGCAAGAGCUGGCUCGUGUGGCGAAGCUACGAGGAUUUCCGCAUCCUGGACAAACACCUCCACCUGUGCAUCUACGACCGUCGCUACAGCCAGCUGCCCGAGCUGCUGCCAUGCAGAGAGGGCAACCAGGAGGGCAGCGAGGCGGUGGCGCAGACGCUGUCGGAAUACCUCACGCACCUCUCCUGCAUCACCGACGACAGACUCAACUGCGGACCCGUCCUCACGUGGAUGGAGGUGGACAAUCACGGCCACCGGCUGCUGGUGAGCGAGGAGGCGUCCUUCAACGUGCCGGCGAUCGCGGCGGCGCAGGUCGUCAGGCGCUACACCGCACAGGCGCCCGACGAGCUCUCUUUCGAGGUCGGGAAUUUCGUGUCGGUUCUGGACAUGCCUCCCAAGGAGGACACGACAUGGUGGAGGGGUAAACACGACUUCCAGGUCGGAUUCUUUCCCAGCAGCUGCGUUGAGAUUAUCAACGGCAGGGCCCCACAGUCGGCCACGGCAUGCGGACAUCCCACCAGGGCAGUGUCCAAGAAGCACGGGAAGCUCAUCACCUUCCUCAGAUCCUUCAUGAAGUCGCGACCGUCCAAGCAGCGGCUGAAGCAGCGCGGGAUUCUGCGUGAGCGGGUCUUCGGCUGCGACCUGGGGGAGUACCUGCUCAACUCUGCGCACGACGUCCCGCAGGUGGUGAAGAGCUGUGCCGAAUUCAUCGAGAGGCAUGGCAUCGUGGAUGGCAUCUACCGCCUCUCCGGGGUUGCCUCCAACAUCCAGAAGUUACGGCAUGAGUUCGACUCGGAGCACGUGCCUGACCUCAUGAAGGAGGCGUUCCUGCAGGACAUCCACUGCGUGAGCUCGCUCUGCAAGCUCUACUUCCGCGAGCUGCCAAACCCCCUGCUCACCUACCAGCUGUACGACAAGUUCUCGGAGGCGAUGACUUCCCCAACGGAAGAGGACAAACUCGUCAAGAUCCACGACGCCAUCCAGCAGUUACCGCCACCACACUACAGGACGCUGGAGUACCUGAUGAAGCACCUGUGGGCCCUGGCGUUGCAUAGCGACAAGACGGGCAUGCACAGCAAGAACCUGGCCAUCGUGUGGGCGCCCAACCUGCUCCGGACGCAGACGAUCGAGAUGGCGGGCUAUAACAGCACGAUGGCGUUCAUGGAGGUGCGCAUGCAGUCCGUGGUGGUGGAGUUUCUGCUGAACCACACCGAGGUGCUGUUCAGCGACCGCUUCUCGUCCAUCGUGCGCGACAACGCAGGUCGCGCUUCCGUACCGAGGCCUAAGUCUCUCCUCGUCAGCUCCUCGUCCACCAAACUGCUGAGCCUGGAGGAGGCCCAAGCGCGGAGGGACGUUGCUGCCGCCACCGCCGGCGCCGCCGCCGCCACCGCCGCCGUCAUCGCCGCCCCGCACGCGUCCCCCGCCCCGCUGACGCCCGGUGGCACCGCCGCCGCCGUCGUUGUCGGCGCUGGCGGAGCGAGCGGCCUCACCUCGGCCGCUACGCCAGAGGGCGGGCGGGCGUGGGAGAUGGCGGCCGAGGCCACGCCAGCGCUGGACAUGCACGGCGAGAGGAGGCUACUGUGGGCAGGACCGGCAGGGGGCAAGGGCAAGCGCAUGGCCGGCGGCGGAAGCUGGCGCACCUUCUUCCAGCUGGGCAGGGGCGGCGGCGCCACGAGGCGCAAGCUGCAGCGCAACCCGAGUGAGCCGGCGUCCACCUCCACGCAGUGCUCCACCUUCCCCGGUCUGGUACGGUCUGAACGCGGGAGCCUGAGGUCGGCGAAGAGCGAGGAGUCGCUGACGUCGCUGCAUAGUACGGAGGUCGAGGUGAAGGCGUGCAAACCGCGCCGCCCUCGCUCAAGCAACGACGCGCUGUCCCCCAGCUACUGCGCCUCGGCGCUCUCCGACGUCUCGCAGUACGGCUCCUACGACAAUCUUCCCCCGUCACCGCCCCGGGACCGGCACGACGGCACCCGCCGUCACAGCAACUCCCACAACGCGGCGGCGGAGGGAAGGGUUGACCGCGGCGGCGCUCGGGAUGACGGCGCCGGCUCGGCGGAGAGAACCGGCAACGCCGCCGCCGACGCCGCAGAGGAAUCCGUCGGCAGCGACGAAGAUCUCCUGGACCCCCCGGACGUCGGGGGCGACGGCCUGGACUUCGACCCCAUGGCAUUCCACCUGAGCCCGGCGCGCAGCGGCGGCAAGCCCUCGUCGGCGUCAUCGCCGGCGUCGUCGUCCGCGUCGUCCGCCGGCGUCCACCGGAGUCCCGUCGCGGCCGGCGGCGUGACGGCGGUCGGUCCGGCCGUGUUCCGGGUCGGCGAGUUCGAGGCGGGAAGUGGGGGGGGGCGGCUGGUGAUGCUGACGGGGCAAGCCUCGCGGGAGCCGCAAACUCGCGAAAGCGACGCCGGCGCCGCCGCGCCGGACGGGCGGAACGACCCGCCGGAGCCGCGCUCGCUCGUAGACGCCGCGGCCAUCCUCGAAGACCGCUCGCCGCCGGCCCCGACCAAAUCUGGCAGGGGCAAGGAGAAGCCGCAGGCGUGCGUCGGUGCGGACGCGGGGAAGGAAGCCGAGGCGGGGGCUGCGCCGACGCCAGAAGGCGGCGGCGUCACCGCCCCGGCCUCGCCGGCUGCCGAGCGGCUCCGGAGCCCCUUCUUCGGCCCCGAGGGGGGGGCGGCGGUGGCGUCGACGCCGGCGUCGGAGGAGAGGGCGGCGAGCAAGUCGGUGUCGUUCGCCGAGAAGAUGGUGCAGGCGUUCUCGCCGAAAGCGGGCCGCAACUCGGCCAAGGCGUCGCCCAUGAGCAUCUCUGAGCCCAUCGCCAUCACGCUGCCGGCGCGCGUGUCCGAGAUGAUCGGGGCCACGCCGGCGACGACGACCGCCGCGCCGGCGGCGGCCGCGGCGGCCACGGCAGCCUCCGCGCCGGCCGGGUCCGUCGGGUCCGCGGGGCCGGCGUCGCCGCUUCCCCACGGCGGUGCCGCCGCAAAGGGAUUCAAGUACCUGGGGAAGUCGCCGCCCGUCAUGGGGGUCACGUGGUCGCCCGACGCCCACACGGUCAACUUCUCGUCGACGGUGGAUGGGGGAGCGAGUAGGGCACGGACGCCGACCGCGGAAGGCAUUAAGGACGGAGGAGCCACGGGCGACGGCAAGGGCCCUCCGGAGGACGCGACAGAGGAGCGCGCGGCUCGCGAAUCGUCCGACGGCGCCGUGAGAAAGCAGACGGAGGCGACGGCGGCGACGGAAAAGCCGAGCGACAGCCGCAGGGAGAGGGAGCAGCGGCACGGGGAGGCCGCGGACGAGCGGGCGAGCGGUGGCGGCGGCGCCGCGGCGGCGGCCGUUGGGCGGGGCGAGCGACUGGGCAGGGCCCUGAGCCUGGACGGGGACGCGCCCGCCAGGGUGCCGGCGAGGCCGCAGAGGCUGCCGCUGGUCAGCGUCAACGAUGCUGGGGGGAGGCGCGACGCGGAGGAGAAGGCGAUGGAAAAGGACAGGGCAUCGCAGCAGCAGCAACAACCGCAGCAACACUCAAAACUGCCCACCACCCACCACCAACACCACCGCCAGCACCAGCACCAGCAGCAUCACCACGGCCACAGGAGGCAGCUGUCGCUGUCGGCGGACGGUUCCGAGCGCCGCUUCGAGGGCACCGUGGCACGGGCGUGGAGCCCCCCACUCACGGCGCACGACUCCGACAUCGCGCCCCCGCGGCCGCCCUUCCCCUCCGACUUCCUGUCGUCGCAACUGCACAACCACUACCUGCACCACCACCAGCAGCAGCAGCACCAGCAGCAGCACAGGGCAGACGGCUCGCCCACACAGUUCGUGACGACGCUCGCCUACACCGCGCACGGCAAGGGCUUCCCGACGUUCGUGACCGCCGCCGGCCGGCGCACGGAGGGGCCCGGUCCGGCUACGGCGCCCUCGUCGGCGGUGGCGACGCCGGUGUCCACCCCGUUCUGGCCGAGCUCGGGCAGCGCCGGCGCCGUGGACGGGAGGACGCCGCUGGCGCUGGCGCCCGGGGCGUUCGGCGACGCUGUCAACAGCCGCUCGCUGCCCGUGCUGCGAACCGAAGUGCCGCCAGGCCCCGAAACGGUGGUGUACGUGGCGCCGUCAAAGUCGCGCCAGCUCCACCCCCAGCAGCAGCAGCAGCAGCCGACCGACGUCAUGAGCAAGCAGCCGUACUUCGAGAACGGGCGCGUGCACUACCGCUUUGCUUCUUACCCCCCUCCUCCGGGGUUCGGUGGGCAGCUCAAUCUGUCGGACCCCCACCCGAUGGCGGCGCACCCCCAGCAGAGACCCGGCAGCGGCGCCAGGCCUCCCCGGAACGGCGCCUUCCUCCUCGAGGCGGCCGAGGCGUACCAGGCCCCCCGCGGCAGCGCCGCGUACGAGCCUAUCGCGGCCGGCGCCGGCCGCGGCGGCAGCUACUUCGAGACGCUGCAGGACUUCCUGGCCGGGGGGGCCCAGCCGCCGUUCAGCUUGCGCCGCGUGCACACGUUCGCGACGCGCGACGACUUCCCCCCGCAGCCGCCGAUGGCGCAGCAGCAGGAAGCGCCGGCGGCGACGGCGUGGGGCGGGCGCCAUGCGCCGGGCGAGCCGGCAUGGGUGGCGGCGCCCGGCCGGCGCGAGCACAGCUUCGUUAGCCGCGACGUCCCGCCAUCUCCGCGCCGCUCUGCCGCGGCCGCCGUGGCCGCCGUCGGCGCCGCUCGUGACAAACACCCGCCCAUGCGCAGGGAGUCGCGCACCCGGCAGCAGGCCAAGUCUGCCGCGCUCGUCUCGCGCUACGACAACGUGGUGCCGUCGGGGGACGAGUUCGCGUCGCGGGCCUUUGGCCCGGCGCCGUUAGGCGGCGGCUCGGACGCCUUCCCCUUGCCGGUUCACCUGCGCAGCAAGUCGGACCCGGGCCGCUUCGGCCUCAUGCCCGAGGGCUGCUUCUUCCAGCCAGGCCGCCGUUCGCUGCUGCUGGAGCAAGGCUUCACGCUGGUGUCGCCUCUGGAUGGAGCCGAGAUUCAGACACAGCAGCAGUACCAGCAGCAGCAGCAGCACAUGUACCAUGUGACGGACAGGCGCGGCGCCAACUGGAGAGGGGGCGCCGACGGCUCGACGCCACAGCUGUACGCGCUGGUGCCAGUCGGCGGGUACGAGCACGGGCGGCCCAUGGAGGUCCACUACGUGGGCAAAGCGGAGCCGGAGAGGGGGGCGCACCGGCAGCUCCUGCCGCCGCCACUGCCGCCGCCACCGCUCCAAGCGCAGCCCGCGCGGGGGUUCUAUUCGACGGACCUGGACAGUGUGGCGCCUGAGCACCGGCAGCAGCAGCAGCAACAGCAGCAGCAACACUACCACCACGAGCGCCGGCAGUCGUUGCCGGUGUCGGCCGGCGGCGCGCAUGCCGGCUACCGGGAGCCGCACGCGCACCCGUCAUCCCAGCACUACCCGGCGGCGCCGCAUCAGCACCACGCGCCGCCGGCGCCCAAGAGGCCGAGCACGGCGGCGACGGCGGCGGCGAUGGCGCCGCAGUACGAGAGCCUGGCGCCGACGGACGACAUCGGGCCGGGACGCAGGGCCGGCGCGUUCUCCCCGGCGCCGGCGGCGAUCUACUCGCAGCACCAGCCGCCCGCCGCCGCGCUGCACUUCAUGUCGCCGGGCGCCCCCACGGGGGGACCUCGGGGCGGUCCCUACAUGAGGCAGGGUGGGGGGGGCUUCUACCCGGCGGAGCUGUCGAUUCACCGGGCCGAAGCAGAGCUGCAGGUUGACCUGUAGACACCCGCGCUCGUUGAGAGAGGGGUGGGGGGAGUGAUUGACGGCACUAGCCGUGAACUCUUAACCUUGAUGCUUUGUUUACCCGGGACAGCUUCACUCGCGGAAUCUCAAGACUGUGGUUGUCUUGUUUUUUGUUUUUAGUGACGGUCCUGCUUGGGAUGUCCAGCCAAUUCUAAUCUGGGUGGGGUUUUUGUUUUGUUUUACUGUGCGGAAGGGAAGCGGAGUGCCCGGAGAAAAUCCAUGCAUGCGAGGGGGAUAACCUUCAUUCUAGCUCUGAGCUCAGCCCCAAUGCGUAACUCUCAUCCCUGUGCGGUCUCGUUAAAGUGAUAAGCGGCAGAUUUCAUCUCCAUAGCGGCAGUGCCCAACACGUUUAUUUAUGAUUCGUUUAAGUUAAUGUCUGUUUUAUUUUUUUUGUAAAUGUCCUUUCUGUUGUUACACUCGGUUUUCCUGCGCGAUAUUCGGGUGGCUUAGCGACACGCGCAUCGGUGUCGUUGAGCCCAAGAUGGAGAGGGAAAUGGAUGGGAUGCAAUUUUCAUCUUGCCAUGUAUUUUAAAUGUUUUUUUUCUAUGAUUUUUAUUUUAAAAGUACUCGUGUGUUUUUAUUUUAUAUUUGCCGUCAUUGAUUUUGCGACGUCGCCGUACGUUUUAAGUCGUCGUUGUCGUUAUUUGUUUGUCAUCGUUUGUUGAUGGGGACCACAUGCAGGGAUGGAAGGACUAUGUUUCAGGGGUUCAAGUCCACCAAUCACGCAAGACUAUUUGUGAUCACGUGAGGUUCGGCAAACCAAUAACAGGGCCGGGUUUAGGUAUCCUUGCUCCUGGGACACCAGGGCAGAGAAGAGACCCCCUCCUCCCAAGACAAAUACAGAUACACACAAGAUCCAAUCAAGUCAGAUUUUUCUGAAUAAAAAAAAUAUAACUUUUUGUGUGUGUCCCUCUGGAGUUUUGGACUAUGGACAAAUAUCCCGUUUGCCCCCUUCCCCUGCCUAAAUCCAGCCCUGAGUAAUAAUAACAAUGAAUACCAACAUAACCGCGCAUGUUGGUUCGAACGUCGCCACACGUCUGGUAACCCAGAACGCGUGCCGAAUUCAUGAGACAUUAGCAGAAAAAAUGCUUUGGAAGCUUUACAAUCGAUCACGGACGCGUCCUUGUCGUUGGAGUCCAAGAAAAGGAUGUGCACGGCAAUCUGAGCCAAGCCAAGCUGCCAGCGGCCAUCCCGAGCCGAGCGCCCUGCCAGCGGCAUCCGAGCCGAGCGUGCUGCCAGCGGCCAUCCCGAGCCAAGCGAGCUGUUAGCGGUGAUCGAGCCGAGCGUGCUGCCAGCGGCGAUUCGAGCCGAGCGAGCUGUUAGCGGUGAUCGAGCCGAGCGCGCUGCCACCGGCGGCCCGCUGCCACCGGUGUCGCCCAGAUUCUGGCACGUAUCGUGUUUUGCGCGAGGAAAAAAACAACAUUUUUUUACGAAAUAACAAAAAAACCCAUAAAACAUCCAUUCCACGUAGUACGCGGCAGUUCAUUAAUGCGACAGGUUUCGUUGCGUCGGUCGUCGCGACUUCUCAGAGACUCCCAACUCACGAUGACGAUGAAUGAAUGUGCCAGUGACGAUCAUCCUCACUGCGUGUAAGCAGCCUCGCUGCAGGACAGAGCCUUGAUCCUCCCUCUUCUUCCAAUCCUCGCGCAGCUCGGCCUUCGGCAAUCUCUUCCUUCAUCUGCCUUUCAAACCUCGUCAAUGCACAGCCCCACUUUUGUCCAUCCACUGCUGAAUAAGAGCUCCCACUCCCCACGCCGUGCGGAUCUUGGGCGUUAUUUCGACCAUAUUUUGCCACGCCGCUCAGCGCGAGUUGCCAUAGGGGGGCAUAAAAGAGCAGUACGACGAUCUGUUUUGCUGCGCUGACUUCUGUCGCCCACCACCAAUCUUGUCAGAUAGCCAAAAAGCCUCAGCCUCAUCUGUUUUUCAGGAGGGUCCUACCAAGUUUUCGCAGUAGGGGGCGAUUCUGCUGCUGUGUCCAAUCCCAAUUGAGCAAUUCGCAGGCAAUAUUUCAGCAGUGGGGAUGUUUGGCCAUUACCAAAUUACACAACUCCUACCUUAACAUGUACAGUAGGUAUUUUGGAUGCUAGGUAUGAGACACAACAUUUCCAUAAGUUACGGUCCUUAUUCCUACUUUAUUCCAUUAUUUCUUAUCGGGGAAAUUGCCCCACUUUGCGUCGCAUAGGCAAUGUUUACACUCUUACGCCCCCCCCCCCCCCAUUAACACGUAGUAUUCCAUAUGGGGGAAAAGUCCCCGUUAUACAUCGUUUCAAGUGGCAACUUUCCGACCCCUAACCCCGACGUAUAUUGGGACCCCCCCUCCCGUACUUGUACCACCACUCUGGCCUUCCUGAAUAAUCUCUUCAUCUUUGCGCGAACUAUCUCUCUCCUGAAGCCCUCUCGUGGCUAUCAGACCUCGACAUUGGUAUUUAGCUCCUGGACACGUCGCCGUACGCAAGAUUUGGAAUAAGUUCUGACCCAGUCCACACCUCGUGACCAAACACGCACGCUACCAUCAAUUCGCAUCUCAACAAAAUUACCAAAUCACCAUCACCUUGCGGAUUUACCCACUUUUGGUGAUGAGAAUUUGGCACGUUUCCACCACAAUUUAACACGCAUUUUGUCUAAUGAGAGCACACCCCCCCUCUCGAAUGUUAUCUCAAAUUGAACGGUGCAAUCCUCAUGCAGUUAUGUUGAGAGUAAUACAAUGUUUCCGACGUAAAUAACCGCGACUCGGGUGAGCGAGCGAGUGUUGAGUGAGGCGCCAACAUGGCUCAGCGUCGCUCGAAAACUUUGCAAGAGGAGGUUUUCGCGGUCUCUUCGAAGUCGGUGCAGCUCGAAUGCCUCGCUGCCAAAUGCGCGGCGCAAUGCUGCCCACGGUGUAGAGAUCACAACGUAGUUGCCGUGUUGUGUGCGCGUUGCGUUUCGUUUCGUUUAUUCCCGGACUGCAUUACUCGACAAUUCAAGAGAGCACUGCGAGGGGACCGGAUGAGUUUGCAAUGAGCUGUCCACACAAUGACAAAAGCCCAUGACGCUGAUUGUUUUUGUUCGUGACAAAAUGUAUAUGUUUAACAAGAUAACUAGUUUAUUUUGCAUUUAAUGACAGUCUAAAACUUUUUUUAAUGCAAACAAAAAAAAUGUACAUUAAAACAUUGCUAUCGAA